ACACUGGAACGUCUCGCUGUCUCAGACUCCGCAACGAACGCGCACCUGCUGGCAUCCCGGCGAUCCCGUAUUCCUAUAUAUAACGGUCGAAUCGACUCUUGUCGAGGCACAAGCAACUCGGUGAAUGAAAUGUGUUGUGUCUGAUUGUCUUCUCAGUAUCUUAUAGACAGACAGACAGGUUCUAAUACCAUUCUUGACCAAUUGUUUUUACGCCAUCUUAUUGAAUAAAUUUAUUUGAAUAUGGCUGGAUUACAACAAUUUGUCGGGUCAUGGCAAGAAACGGAAAAAGAAGGUUUUGAGGAAAUGGCCACUGCCUUAGGUCUCGCUGCUGACAAGAAACAAAUGUAUCAUGACGCAAGGACCGCCAUAUCGUACGCCGUAUCCGGGGACACUGUGACCAUCAAUGUGGGUCUGGUAGGGGCCCCCGGCGGCCGGGAAUUUACCUUCAAGUUAGGAGAGCACUACGACUCGGCUGACCUAGAUGGAUCUCCAAUGAAGAGUCUGGUCAAUUUAGAAGGUGACAAACUGGUAGAGAAACACACAAAUCAAAACUUACACGGCGCAGAAAUGAACAUAACACGGUGGAUAGAAGGGGAUAAAAUGAUGGUUCAAACUACAUGUAACGGAUUGUCUAUGAUGUCCAAAUACAGUAAAGCCGAUUGACCAAUCAUCCAAUUGCUUACAUUAUUGCCAUCAACCAAUCGCAGGUCGUGUUACGACAGUUUUCAGAGCUAUUCCUUUUUAGUAGCUGUUGUGUUGUGUUAUGCAACGUUGGGUGUUCAUCGCUUCAUUUUCAUCGAAAAAUGAGGGAAAGGGUCGGGACAUUCUUUGUUCAGUGUAUGCUUCAAGCACCUUUUGUUUACUGAAUGUCAUUUAUUUUCAAUAAAUGGUAUGUGAUACCACUAAAGUUU